UAUAUAUAUAUAUAUAAAGUUAUUGACACCAUCCUCUGCGAUUGAUAAGAAAGAGUGAACAUGAGGAAAGUGUGGUGGUUAUGUGUUGCUGUUAGCUUACUUGAUCAAGUUAUGCUAGCAUGGUCUCAACUUGCAAGUCCACCACUGCCUGUCCUUCCCAUCCCCUCUGUGACACAACUGAAAUGGCAGCGGAGAGAGAUCAUCAUGUUCUUCCAUUUCGGAAUGAACACUUUCACUGACUCUGAAUGGGGCACAGGUCAUGAAAGCCCGUCGUCAUUCAAUCCAACUAACCUUGAUGCAAACCAGUGGGUUGGUGCUGCCGCUGACAUUGGUGUUUCGCUUGUUAUCCUCACUGCUAAACACCAUGAUGGCUUCUGCCUCUGGCCAUCAACAUACACUGAUCACACUGUUGAGAAAAGCCCAUGGAAGGGAGGGAAGGGAGACAUAGUAAGAGAGUUUGUUGAUGCUGCAAAGGCAAGAGGAGUUGAUGUUGGUUUAUAUCUGUCGCCAUGGGACCGCCAUGAGAGAAGCUAUGGCCAAGACCUUCAAUACAAUGAGUUCUAUAUUGCUCAACUCCAAGAGCUUCUCACAAGAUAUGGGAGCAUUUCAGAAAUAUGGUUUGAUGGAGCAAAGGGAGCAGACGCUGCAAACAUGACAUACUACUUCAAUGACUGGUUCUCAAUGGUGAAGCAGUUGCAGAAUUCCAUCAACAUCUUCUCGGAUGCCGGCCCAGAUGUCCGUUGGGUGGGAGAUGAGUCUGGCUUCGCCGGAAGUACGUGCUGGUCUCCGAUCAACCGCACAAUGCUGACGAUAGGAAGCGCAAGCAUUGUCAAUUAUUUGAACAAAGGAGAUCCAAGAGGAACAGACUGGGUACCCCCAGAGUGUGAUGUUUCAAUUAGACCAGGAUGGUUCUGGCACAAGCCUGAGGCACCAAAAUCACUCAGCAAGCUUCUAGAAAUAUACUAUAAAUCAGUAGGAAGGAAUUGUGUGCUUCUAUUGAAUGUGCCACCCAACAGCACUGGGCUUCUUUCAGAAACAGACAUCAAGAGAUUGAAGGAGUUCCAUUCAGCAAUCUAUACUAUAUUCUCUAAUAACUUGACUAAGGGAAGCAAGGUGAAGGCAAGCAGUCAGAGAGGAGGUCAAAGAGGUGGAUUCUCAGCUGAGAAUGUCUUAAAUGAUGAUGAACUCUCAUACUGGGCUCCGGAGGAUACUGAUGGAGAAAGCUGGAUUGAGAUGAAGCUAAGUGACAAUGGUGUGAUCAGCUUCAAUGUGAUAAGAAUUCAGGAAGCUAUCUGGAUGGGGCAGAGAAUAAAGAACCACGAAGUGUAUGCCGACGAUAAGGUGGUGGCACAAGGGAUGACGGUGGGCUACAAGCGGCUGCACCGGCUCGGAAAGAUCAUUCAAGCUCGGUCGGUAAGGAUUCGGAUCACUAACUCAAGAGGCGUGCCUCUCCUGUCUUCUGUGGGCCUCCAUCUUGAUCCUUUUGCCGCUAGUUCAAAUAGAAUAUGAAACUGAAGAUUAUUAGGGGGGCCACAACAGGAUUCUAUAAGUGCAAUAAACAGAGCUUUUAUUUUGAAGAUGAUAUGUUCUGAUCACAAAAGUAGAUGAACUGAAGUUCUAAUUAUGAUAAUAUGAGUAGGAUGCAACUCAACCACCAUGAAGAAUUGCUUAUCAGUAAAGAGAAUGCUUUAAUUGGCAUUGUUGAAUGUCCACUUGUACCUGCUGAUGGGCAUGCUUGUGGCCAUGAUUUCUUUCCCCGAUCAAUGAUAAUAAUAAUAAUUGUGAUCAAUCGA